AACAACAUGUACUUCCGGGACACGUCAACAAAGUCGCUGCACAGACAAGUCCGGGCGACUGCAGCUGUGCUGUGCUGAUAGGCAGUAUUUUUCUCAGCCAUGGAGAUGCUAUACAGUAUACCGUUUACUGUUCUUGAAUGUCCAAAUGUGAAACUGAAGAAACCGUCGUGGCUGCAUAUGCCGUCGGCUAUGACUGUGUAUUCGGUCGUUAUUGUGUCCUACUUUCUCAUCACAGGAGGUAUAAUAUACGACGUUAUUGUGGAGCCACCGAGUGUGGGCUCAAUGACUGACGAGCACGGACACCAGCGGCCCGUUGCCUUUUUGGCAUACAGGGUAAAUGGCCAGUACAUUAUGGAGGGACUGGCCUCCAGUUUCCUGUUCACAAUGGGAGGUCUGGGCUUUAUAAUCCUGGACCGCUCCAACGCGCCAAACAUUCCCAAACUCAACCGCUUCCUGUUGCUCUUCAUUGGUUUUGUCAGUGUCCUCCUCAGCUUCUUCAUGGCCAGAGUGUUCAUGCGCAUGAAGCUGCCAGGAUACCUCAUGGGCUAAAGGAACAUGGACGGAUGACUUCAAAUAUUUGGUGGCCUAACAGGCAGUUCAACUAAAACUACAGAUAAACCCAACAGCACUGACAGUCUCACGUUGUCUUCAGUGUUCAGGGACUUCCUUUCUGCUUUCUCCAAAUCUCCCAUCAAACUGUUAGACAAGACCCUUUCCUGCAGAGUUAGAUCAAACACCAGUGAAUGCCUUCUAUUUUGUACUGGCACGUCAUCUUUGCCAAUUUUCUCAUGUCUCUUUGACACAACCAGAGCAACUAUGCAAGAAGGCAUUUUUCAGUAUAUUAAAUCUGUAAGAAUUUUAAUUUUCACUUAAGCAAAAGAAGCUACAAAUGACUUGCAGUGGGUGAAAUAUGUCAGACAUGGAGAAGACAAAGGAAGUUGCUGAACACUGCUCCGAUGGAGCCACUGAUCUGAAAUCAAGA